AUGUCGUCUGAACCGUUGUAUCCCGCUUAUCUUCCCACCCGCUCGGAUGGCUACAAUGCGCCGGUAGCUGUGCCGCUUUUUGAAGCGGAAGAGCCAGGGCUUCGGGCUGAUCCCGCCAAAGCGAAUCUGCUAAAGGGCGCUACGACGGCUGAUAUUACCCCACGUAUUGGCACUGAAGUCCGGGGUGUGCAGAUUAGUGCGUUGGGGAGGGAGGGGCUUGAUGAGUUGGCUUUGCUGGCUGCUGAACGAGGUGUUGUGGUUUUUAGGGACCAGGACUUUGCGGAUGUUGGGUUUGAUAGACAAAGAGAGAUUGUUAAGCAUUAUGGACCGCUUCAUCAGCAUCCUACGAUGGGGUAUCCGAAAGGUACUGGGCCAGAGUUCCAUGUUGUCUACGCCGAUGAGAAGAGCGGCAACUUGAGAAAACUCCUAGGUCCUCGAACGACAUACGAUCUCUGGCACAUCGACCAAACAUUUACACCAAAUGUACCGUCCACGACCUUCUUCUGGGUCCUCGAGAUCCCCGAAUCAGGCGGCGGCGACACUGCUUUCACCUCACUUACAGCAGCCUAUGAAGCUCUCUCACCUGCAUUUAGAGAAACUCUUCACGGUCUCAAACUUCAUCACACAUCAGCCUCCGAGGGUGAAGUACGACGAGUUGGCCAAGAGCGUGCUCUGGCGGAAGCGAUCAACGCGACGCAUCCACUCGUCAUCAAGCAUCCUGUCACUGGCAAACCAGCAUUAUUUGUCAACCCCACCAUUGCUCGCCAGGUUGAAGGCUUUCUACCGGAAGAGUCUGACCAUUUGCUGUCGUUUUUGAAGAAUCACAUUCGAAGCAUGGACUUUAGUUGCAGAGUAAAGUGGGAGAAAGGUACGGUCGUGGUUUGGGACCAAAGGGGAACGGCACAUUCUGCUGUACCUGAUUUCCGAGAUAAUGAGCGGAGACAUAUGGUUAGGAUUAUUCCUUACGGCUCAAAACCGGAGCCCGCUUUCAAGUGAUCUGACUUUAACAUCAUCGAGUAAAACUAGAAUGGCAUGGGAAAGACAGUUCAAAUUCAAUUGCAG